UCUUGCUGUGGAAACCGAGCGCUUUGUUCUGCUUGGCAGUGCGAGACAAUGGGGUGCGGAGCCUGGAAGCGGGGGGUGCAUGAAUGGGGCGGGGGUUGCACAUGCUGUGUCUGGAGGGGCAGCGGCUCCAGAGGGUCCCCGUGUCUGGCUUUGGCCACGCUCCGGGAACGUGUCAGGCCACUCGGGCGCUUUUGGCUGCGCAGGCUGCGUGAGCAGAGAGGGUGUGGGAGAGACUCCAUCUUCAUUGCAUGGUCAUACCCUCUGUGCCACUCCCUUCGCUGUCCUUCCAGUAGGGGAUUAAGGAGCACACACUGGAAAGGAGACGGAGCCAAGCUUCACCUCCGUCCCCAGGGCUUUGGGGAGCUGUUGGCAAUGGGGUGCCUGAAAAGUUCAACCCAGCUGCUGCUGCAGCUGCUGCUACUUGGGGGCCUGAAGCCAGGGCAGGGAUCUACUGUGCUGGGCACCCUGGAUUUACAGAUAGAUGAGGAGCAGCCAACUGGCACCAUCAUCGGGGACAUCAGUGCUGGACUGCCCCCCAGCACCACUGCCUACAUGUACUUCAUCUCCGCGCAGGAGGGCAGUGGCGUCACCACAGACCUGGAGAUAGAUGAGAACACAGGCAUCAUCAAAACAGCCCGUGUGCUGGACCGAGAAAACCGGGACCGCUAUAGCUUCAUUGCUGUCACCCCUGAGGGCAUUACAGUGGAGGUGAAUGUCCAGGUGAAUGACAUCAAUGAUCAUGCACCAGAAUUCCCCAAGCACCACCACACCUUUCAAAUCCCAGAGCACACCCACAUUGGCAGCAGGUUCCCCCUGGACCCAGCCUUCGAUGCUGACAGUGGCCUGCUGAACACCCAGGGUUAUGUGCUCAAAGGGGAGAAUGUGGGCCAAGCCUUCCGCCUGGAGACACGCAGGGGCCCCAAUGGGGUCCUGUACUUGGACCUGGUGGUCAGCAACGUCCUGGACCGGGAGAACUGCUCAUCGUACUCCCUGCUGCUAGAGGCCUAUGAUGGUGGCUCCCCUCCCCGCAGCACUCAGAUGACUUUGGAUGUGGCCAUACAGGACAUCAAUGACAAUGCACCUGCCUUCAACCAGAGCCGCUACCACACCCUCAUCUCCGAGAACCUGAAGCCAGGCAGCAGCAUCCUGCAGGUCUUUGCCUCUGAUGCAGAUGAGGGUGACAACGGGGCUGUGGUGUAUGAGAUCAACCGUCGGCAGAGUGACCCUGACCAGUACUUCACCAUCGACUCCAGGACGGGUGUCAUCAAGCUCAACAAAGGGCUGGACUAUGAGAUGAGGAAGGUACAUGAGCUGGUGGUGCAGGCAUGGGACAAGGCCAUGCACCCAGAGGUCACCACAGCCUUUGUGACCAUCCAUGUGCGUGACUACAAUGACAACCAGCCCACUAUGACCAUCAUCUUCCUGAGCGAGGAUGGCUCACCACAGAUAUCCGAGGGUGCCCAGCCUGGCCAGUAUGUGGCACGCAUCUCUGUCUCGGACCCCGACUAUGGUGAGUACUCCAACGUCAAUGUCUCCCUGGAGGGGGGAGACGGCAAAUUUGCCCUCACCACCAAGGACAAUAUCAUCUACUUGAUCUGUGUGGACCAGCUGCUGGAUCGGGAGGAGAGAGACUCCUAUGACCUGCGGGUGACGGCCACUGACUCAGGGACCCCUCCGCUGCGGGCAGAGUCGGCCUUUGUGCUGCGGGUGAUGGAUGUCAAUGACAACCCACCACUCUUUGACCAGCAGGAAUACAAGCAGAGCAUCCCUGAGGUGGUGUACCCAGGCAGCUUUGUCCUGCAGGUGACUGCCCGUGACAAAGACCAAGGUCCCAAUGGGGAGGUACGGUACAGCAUCCUACACAGCCAGGACACCCACUCCAACUGGUUCACCAUCGACCCAGCCACAGGCAUCAUCACCACCGCUGCCUCUCUCGAUUAUGAGAAGGACCCCCAGCCCCAGCUGACAGUGCUGGCUAUGGACAGAGGGACACCUGUCCUCUCCUCCACGGCGGUGGUGCAUGUGGCCCUGCAGGACAUCAAUGAUAAUGAGCCUGUGUUCAGGAGCAACUUCUACAACGUAUCCCUGAUGGAGAACACACCCACUGGGACCUGCUUCCUACAGACUCCGCACCUGCCCUGGAGGGAGGGCAGCUGUGGCUGUUAGCGGCUGGAGCAGGUCCUGGGCAGCGGGCCUCCACUCCUUGUGUAGUGGGGUUGCAGCUGGAGGCUCUUCUCGCUCUGAAUCAUGCAAGCAGAGGGAACUGUCCAAGCAGGCCAAAGUGACUGAGAGUUUGGCUGGAUUUCGGGCCUUUGGCUCAGUCCUCAUGUUUCGUUUGGAAACAGCAUGUCUGGGCUGAGUGCAGGUAACUCCCACGUGGCCACAGCACAAAGCAAACAGCUCACACAUCUGCUGCUGCUUCCUCUGAGCCGGGAAACGUGAGAGGAUGGGAAAGGAGCCUGGCAGGCAACUAGGCUCGGCACUGAGCCCUAGCAAGGGGGAGCCAGGCCUGAGGAACCGAGCAGAGCCCAGGGGGCACAAAUCCCUAGUUUUUAGUGUCUCAUGAUCCAGUCGGACCUCCUGCAGAGUCCAGGACAGAGAAUCCCACUAAGUAACUCCUCUGUCCAGCCCCGAACGUCUGGCUGAGCUAGAAUGGUUCUUUCAGAAGGACACCCUGUCUCCAUUUACAGACUCUGAAUGAUGGAGAAUCUGCUGCAUCCCUGGGUAAGUUGUUGCAGUGGUUCAUUCCCUGCACUCUUAAAAAUCUGCAUCUUAUUUCCAGUCUGAA